AUGUCGAAUGAAAAUAUAGCACUUAAACAAAAUUUAACUGCUUUACAGGAAGAUUUAACCAACACUGAACAACAAGUUGCUUCCAUUGUUGAUUCAUUUAUUGAAUUGGGUGUUUCCGUUUAUGAUUUUCCUGGAACUAAAGAAGCAGCUCAAGGGAUGGUAACAAAUUUAAAACGAAAUGUUGAUAGACUAUUAAAAUUAAAUCAAAUUAGUAAUGAUCCUGAAUCUCAGCUACAGAAUAUAAACAUCCCGUUAGAAGUUGUCCAAUACAUUGAAGAUGGUAGAAAUCCUGAUAUUUAUACAAGAGAAUUUGUAGAAGCAAUCCGUCGAUCUAAUCAAUAUCAAAGGGCAAAAAUGCAUGGAUUACAACAAUUAAGAGACUCACUAGCAGAAAAAAUUAUCGAAGAAUUUCCGGAUUUGGAUCCAAGUGUUCAAGAUAUCAUAAAGAGAACAACUCCAUCCAGUUAA